AUGGCGAAGUCUCUGCGAUCCAAGCGGGAGAAGCGGCUGCGGACGUUGCGCCGGGAGAUAGCGGAGCCCUUCUACGACAAGAAGGAGGCCGCCAAGCUCGCGGCGCAGGCCGCUGCCCUUGCUGCUCCCCCGCUCCAGAAAUAUGAUGUGGAGAUGUCUGACGAAGGGAACAACAGGUCUAAAACCUUGUUGAAGCCACUUGGCACCAUUAGCAAGAAGAAGAAACUUCUCCCAAGCUAUUCAUCCCCAAAGAACGUUCUCAUCGGCUUAUCGCCCAUGUUUGGAACCAAUGUCGAGCAGUUAGGGAGCAUAUGA